AUGUCAGGUUUUGAGAUGACAAAUAUUAUAUGCACAUCGCUGGACGAAUCUUAUGCUUCAUUUGAGUAUUGUUACUUGAAAUCCGUGAAUCGAACUCAUAAAUACGCAUCUUUGAAAGCAAAAUUACACAAGGGGCCCGUUUAUAAAAUUAAGGUAAACUUUGCGAUUUAUCAACGGCUAAACGGAUACAAGCCAUUUCUGUAUAAUGUCACCGUCGACGGAUGUAAAUUCGUAUUAAAUCAAAAAUCUUCUCCAGUGACCUCAUUUAUUUUUAACCUUUUCGCUCCUUAUUCGAACAUGAAUCACUCGUGUCCCUAUGACAAUGACAUAAUUGUGGAAAAAGUGCCUUAUUCGUAUUUAAAUAGCCAGUUGUCGACUGUUUUGCCUUUUCCAAAAUCUUCUUAUGCAUUUUGCAGCGAUUGGUAUGGCGAUGCGAUAAAACGAGCAUCCGUUAAUGUUUAUGGUACAUUAACAUAG